CCCUCUCUUCUGGAUAUUAAAAAUUACUGUCUGCUGACAGAUUUGAUGGCAGCAGGGUGGGUUUGGGGACUGGCAGAGAGUGAUUCAGAGCAGCCAGGAAAGGGCAUUGCCUCUGCUGCCCCUGGCUACAAGCUCAAAAUCCCUUCUGCAUCCUCCCAGCUCCAUGGGGCUGGGAGGGCAAACAGCACCUGGCUUUUGGGGCUAAAGGCUCUCUGAGGGAUGGCCUCACAGCCCCGUGUGCCCCACAGCUGACAGGGUCCCUGGCUGUGUUUCAGGCUGGAUUUGGCUGGGCCAUGGUGCAGCUGGAGCUGUGGGCGGCCGCGGCGCUGAUGCUGCUCGGGGCGGCCGUCAGCCUCUGCAUCAGGUGCCAGCUCUCAGCUACCAAACGGGAGGUACAGCUGAACCAGCGGAGGAGCCAGCUCGAAAGCCAGCAGAGAUUUGAGGUGAUUCGAUCCCAUACCAUUGCAACCCGAAGGCUGGAAAAAAGUAAGGAACCUGAAAACUUCUCAAUAGCAAGUAAAGCCACUGAAGAGCUCAGUGCUUCCCAUCACCCUGGAUAUGGGAGCAGGGACGAGCCCAGGUACCAGAAUUUCCUGACAGAGUGCUGCCUGCAAGCAGAAACUGCCUAUGUGGAGCCCAUGUCUCUGGAUCACUACUACAACUGCAGCAGGCUCUUCAGUCCACCCCGUGCUAGGUCUGCAGGCAAGCCAGAGAAAGAUGAGGAUUCCUGUUCCUAUGAAAAUGUCACCAUUGGAGCAUCUCAGGGCUCUGAUUCAGAUGACGCUGUGGACUAUGAGAACAGCAUGACAAUACUCACAUGGAAGUUCCAGCAAGGGCAAGCCCCACUGACAGAAAGCCUGGAUGAUGAGCCAGACUACAUCAACACAGCUCCUGUGUCAGGCCGUGCCCUGCUGCCACAGCAAAGUAUUCUGCAUAAAGUCUGAAGAAAUCUUUUGCUGAGCAGUAAGAGCACACCCAAUGAACAAGCACACAGGGAGAGGGGAGAUUUCCAUCCCUCAGUGAAAUCUCUUCUCCAACCUGUGCCUGCAGUGACAUAGAAGGGGUGUUACUGAAAGAACUGCACUGCUUGAAGCCCCACAGAAGUCCAACUGCAAACCAGCAACUGGAGAAAGUAUUCUGCCCCCAGAGACCACGGGCAAGCCCCAGGCUCCUCAUCCUCAAUUUCAUCCCAAUCCCAUUUCCCUGCGUGUCCACUUGAAGAUGGCCAGUCUGGGCAAUGUUUUCUCCUGUCAGGCAUUAAAUGAGCCCUUAACUUGCUGAGCAGUAAUGCAGCAGCUACUUAAUUUGUCAGGGUGACUCAUGCACGAUGGUAUUAAGCCAGAAGGAUUACGUUCUGAUUUAGUUCCUGUGCUCUCCUACAGAAGCAGUUUCCUACGAGAGAGGAACUAACUGGUGAGGCAGAGGUGGUGUUUGUAACAGCAGUGGCUGUCUGGAGCUGAAUGAGAUUCCAACCUGUUCACAAAGGCUAAAGAGGAUUUAAUGCCUGCUUAUCCAUGGGCAUGCAAUUCACAGUGUUGGUCUAUGGCAGUUUGCCUCAUGUUUCAGUACCUAUUUUAUAAUGAUACAAAGAACCAGCAGCAACUGUGAGAGUCAGAUCCACAGCCACCAGCCUCAGAAACUGCACCAGUCCUUCAAUAUGGCUGUUGGAACAUCAUCCCAGGAACAGAAUCCCAUCUCCUGAGCCCUGAUGUACAGAUCUGGCACUUCUGGAACACUUAUUUAUUAAAACUGAAAAGCUUCCAAAGAAAAUGUGUUUUGCUGUGCUUUGCAAUGAUAGACAUCUGCAUGAUCAGGUGACAAAGAAAUGGGAGGACAUGAGGUGACAUGGAGUGAUGUGCAGGGUCUUAUGGGGAGAAACUGCAUUAAAAGCCUUCUUCCUCAAAAUCAGAUCAGAAAACUGUGUUCAGGAACGAACACAGCCCACACCCCACACUCAUGGUGCGUGAGCAGAGAAGGGGAGCUAAGGGUUAGAGGGCUGUGGUGUGGGAGAAGGGAUGUCAGGUGCUUCCUGCUGCAGCUGGCUGGGCUCUAAUUUUAGCAGAACCACCACGAGAGACCACAGGUGCCCACAGUUGGUGCAGCUGAAAUGGUGGGUUGGAGUUUGGCUCAGGAGAAGGUUUGCUAGUGGUCCCUACAAAUGCUACAAGUUUGCACAGGACUUUUCCAUAGAGGAAAUCCGUGCACUAAGGGAUGCACACAGGCAGGGAGCUACAGCCUGGUUUUGUGCCCACCCCAGCCCAGCUUCUCCUCACACCCUUAGGUUUCCUGAUGGUCAGAUG